ACUCAAACGCAGCACAUACCAUAAUACCCUGCAAUUGCGUUUUUCCUAUUCUCUCUUCUCUCUCUGAAUUUUGUUGUGAACAAAGUUGCGUGUGUGCAGUGUGGUGAGACCCUAAACGACCUCGUUUUCACGUUCUCUGAGAAUGGAAGCGCGAAGUCGCUCCGUGGAAGACAUAUUCGAGGAUUUCAAGGGCCGACGAGCAGGCAUCAUAAAAGCCCUCACCACCGAUGUUGAAGAUUUCUACAGUCAAUGUGAUCCUGAGAAGGAGAAUCUGUGCUUAUAUGGAUUACCCAGUGAGCAGUGGGAAGUAAAUUUACCUGUAGAAGAAGUUCCUCCAGAGCUUCCUGAGCCUGUCCUGGGCAUUAACUUUGCUAGGGAUGGCAUGCAGGAAAAAGAUUGGCUAUCUUUAGUUGCUGUUCAUAGUGAUACAUGGUUGCUUGCCCUUGCCUUUUAUUUUGGAGCCAGAUUUGGAUUUGAUAAAACUGACAGGAAACGACUAUUCAGUAUGAUCAAUGAACUACCAACAAUAUUUGAAGUUGUUACUGGUGGUGGAGCAAAGAAGCCAGUUAAAGAGAAGUCUUCAGUUUCGAACAACAAUGGAAACAAAUCUAAGUCUAACUCUAAAGUGCGGGUUCCCGAAACCCAGGGCAGACAGUCAAAGGCCUUGUUACAACCAAAAGAUGAGGAUGAAGGACUAGAAGAGCAAGAUGAAGAUGAACAUGGAGAGACCUUGUGUGGGGCAUGUGGUGAGAAUUAUGGCACUGAUGAGUUCUGGAUUUGCUGUGACAUCUGCGAGAAGUGGUUCCAUGGCAAAUGCGUGAAGAUAACCCCUGCUAGGGCAGAGCACAUCAAGCAAUACAAGUGUCCAUCGUGCAGUAACAAGAGAGCUCGCUAAUCAAGUUUCCGUUAUGGACAAACUUUGUUCGAGCCUUUACUAAUCUGGUUAAUAUGUGUUUCUUUCUAGAUGUAGUUGAUGGAUAGUUUUUCUGUUUGACACACAUGUAGAUUUUUUGUCUUUUGUGAUUGUCUUGGGAAAGUUGUCUUUUCCUAAGCCUUGCCCUAGCUAUGAAUUCACGUUGGCAUAAGCUUCAUAUGAAUGGGGUUGAAACCUUAAUCUCCUGGCCACCUUAAAUAUUAAGGAAAUUGAAGUGCUACAACAUUUGCACCAAA